AUGGGAGGGCUGGGCAUCCUGCUGCUGCUGCUGGCAGGGGCGUGGGCAGGGCUGGGGGUGGCCUGGAGACCCCCAAAGGGGAAGUGCGCCCCACGCUGCUCCUGCUCCAGAGACAGCGCCCUGUGUGAGGGCUCCCCAGACCUGCCCGAGACCUUCUCCCGGACCCUGCUGUCACUCUCUCUGGUCCGGACAGGUGUCACCCAGCUGAAGGCCGGCAGCUUCCUGAGGAUUCCAUCCCUGCACCUGCUGCUGUUCACGUCCAACACCUUCUCCGUGAUUGAGGACGACGCGUUUGCAGGCCUGUCCCACCUGCAGUACCUCUUCAUCGAGGACAAUGACAUUGGCGCCAUCUCUAAGAACGCGCUCAGAGGACUUCGCUCGCUCACACACCUGAGCCUGGCUAAUAACCAUCUGGAGACCCUGCCCAGAUUCCUGUUCCGAGGUCUGGAGACCCUGACUCAUGUGGACCUCCGAGGGAACCCGUUCCAGUGUGACUGCCGUAUCCUUUGGCUGCUGCAGUGGAUACCCACCGUCAACGCCAGCGUGGGCACCGGGGCCUGCGCAGGCCCCGCCGCCCUGUCCCACCUGCAGCUCCGCCACCUGGACCCCAAGACCUUCAAGUGCCGAGCUAUAGAGCUGUCCAGGUUCCAGACAGUCAAGGAAUCUGCACUGGCUGCGGAACCCUUCUCCUACCACGGGGAACCCCAUGUCGUCCUGGCACAGCCCUUUGCUGGGCGCUGCCUGGUGCUCGCCUGGGACUACAGCCUACAGCACUUCCAACCCAAGGAGGAGCUGUCUGCGUCCUCGGUGGUGUCCUGCAAGCCGCUGGUGCUGGGCUCCCGCCUCUUCGUGCUGGCCGCCCGCCUGUGGGGGGGCUCCCAGCUGUGGGCCCAGCCCAGCCCGGGCCUGCCGCUGGCCCUGACGCAGGCGCUAGCCCCGCGACAGCUGCUGCGACCCAAUGACGCCGAGCUCCUGUGGCUGGAAGGGCAGGCCUGCUUCGUGGUGGCCGACGCCUCCAAGGCGGGCAGCACCACGCUGCUGUGCCGGGAGGGCCCUGGCUUCUACCCGCGCCAGAGCCUGCACGCCUGGCACCGGGACACGGACGCCGAGGCCUUGGAGCUGGACGGGCGGCCCCACCUGCUGCUGGCCUCGGUCUCGCAGAGGCCCGUGCUCUUCCACUGGUCGGGCGGCCGCUUCCAGAGACGCACGGACAUCCCGGAGGCCGAGGACGUCUACGCCACGCGGCACUUCCAGGCCGGCGGGGAGGUGUUCUUGUGCCUGACGCGCUACAUCGGGGACUCCAUGGUCAUGCGCUGGGACGGGUCCAUGUUCCGCCUGCUGCAGCAGCUGCCCUCCCGCGGGGCCCACGUCUUCCAGCCGCUGUCCAUAGCCAGGGACCAGCUGGCCAUCCUGGGCAGCGACUUCGCCUUCAGCCACGUCUUCCUCCUGGAGCCGAACAAGAAGCUUCUGGAGCCACUGCAGGAGCUGGGCCCCCCAGCCUUGGUGGCCCCUCGAGCCUUUGCCCCCGUCAAAGUGGCUGGCAAACACUUCCUCUUUGCCGCCUGCUUCAAGGGCCCAACGCAGAUCUACCAGGUUCAGGAGUUAGACCUCAGCGCUUAAUACCAAACGGGACCCUGGCGCUCCGGACAUCCCUCUACUGGCUUCGCCGCCCAACUUGGGGUGGCGACUGGUCCUAUGAGAUGCCGACCACAAGCCAACAUCCCCCGCGUCAAGGUCAAGCUGUGGUCCACGCCUUGAAGGAGCUGGGCGCACUCCAGGAAGGGGCAGGCAGGUCAGCUACUGCCAAACCUCCCCUUUCCACCUGUGCUGGGGUCAGCUGCCCCCACCAAAGACGAUUCAGGGGCUCGUGCUGGGACGCUGGAGGAAGUGGGAGGCCAA